CGGGGGGGGAAGUUGUGUGACACACUGUCUGCGCAACAGUUCUACAGAUGCCGUUUAAGCGCGCCAUAGAUCGGUCUCUGUUGAUGUGAAAACAUCCAGACACGAUGUACAGGUUCAUUAAGAUGGCUGGUUCUGCAGCUCACACUUGUGGAAUAUUCCUGGAUUACAGCAGAAAGACUUCUUUACUCCUCUGGGAUUAGACGCAGUAUUUGUGGGAGGCCGUCUUGUAAAUGUUCAGCCUGCAGCUUUGAGUCCUUUAACACACUUUGCUGAGAUGAAUCCGCCGUACAUCCUGAUUGAAGUAGUAAUCGCGGUUCUCUCCAUAUCUGGGAACAUACUGGUGUGCUGGGCUGUCGCGAUCAACACCACUUUGAAGAACGCCACCAACUACUUUCUGGUGUCUCUGGCUGUGGCUGAUAUUCUGGUGGGUUGCCUUGCCAUCCCCUUUGCCAUAACCAUCAGCAUCGGCAUAAACCUGGACUUCUAUGGAUGCCUCUUCCUGGCAUGUUUUGUCUUGGUACUGACGCAGAGCUCCAUCUUCAGCCUUCUUGCUAUUGCAAUUGAUAGAUAUCUGGCCGUCAAAAUUCCUCUGAGGUACAAUGAGUUGAUGACGGGAAAGACGGCAAGAGAGAUCAUCGCUAUUUUAUGGAUCCUCUCCUUUGUGAUUGGCCUCAUCCCCUUCUUUGGCUGGAACUUGAAGCUCUCGAAAUGCAGGAAUGGCAGCUCCAGGGCGGACAACACUACAAACGCUGGCCUGGUGGAGGAGCUGAGUGGCGAAGGAGUCUUACUACGGAGCUGUCAUCUCACGUGCUUAUUUGAGAGUGUGGUGGACAUGCAGUACAUGGUCUACUUUAACUUCUUUGUCUGUGUGCUUCCGCCGCUGCUCAUCAUGCUGUGCAUCUACAUGAAGAUCUUCACCGUGGCCAGGAAGCAGCUGAGACAGAUCGAGCUCAAGUGUGUGGGCAACGGGGACAGCCAUCACCACGGGCUGCUGCAGAAGGAGAUCCGGGCCGCCAAAUCCCUCUCCAUCAUUGUGGGACUGUUCGCCGUCUGCUGGCUGCCCGUCCACAUCCUCAACUGCCUCACGCUGUUUUACGGAAACCUGGAAAAGCCGGAGGUUGUCAUGUAUGUUGCCAUCAUUCUGUCUCAUGCCAACUCCGCGGUCAACCCCAUCAUCUACGCUUACCGGAUCCAAGACUUCAGGAACACCUUCCGCAAAAUCCUGGCCCAACACUUCCUGUGCCGCAAGGAGGAGCUGUACCGCAGCUCCAACGGCAGCAGACGCAACAAAGACCAAAUCCACAUGACCAUCGACCCUCUGCUAUAGAGAUCGGGAGGUCGGGACUGUGAAGGAGCACUGUCUGUGUCAACUCUGUCGUUUCAGUCUUGAACUUGACUUUCACUGAGGUUUAUAAUGUUUACAGAACAAAGGUGUGAUAUGUGAAGAUGAACCGAUGUCUAACGCGCCUUGAAUGUGGACAUUUAUUUAUCAAUCAGGGGUCAAGCAGUGAAAUGAAUGGCGAGUCUUACAUAACCCUUGUAUUGUGAAGGAUUUCUGAUUUUUCUUUUUUUAAACAUGUUGAAGCUAACUGGAUUUGUAGGACUGUGAACAGGAUCCAAACUACAUUCUAUAAUGCUAUUUAUCAUUCUGAAUCCACUCUGUUUCAACUCAAAACUCCUUUUUAUGCCCUGCUAUUUUAUAUUGUUUAUUCAUUUAUUUAUUAAAAGACCUUAUCUUAUGAGAAUGUAAAGAUCAAAAAACUUUGUGUGGCUAGAUCUGUACUCGUGGACCGAGAGAGGUACAAUGGUAGCGGUCUACAUCCACUCCACACGAAACCUUUGUAUCGCAGAAUCGUUUGAGCUGUUGCUUCAACUACGUGCCCGUGUUGUCCUGUUUCUGCAUGAGAGAAUCCUCCACAACAAGAAUACAUAUUGGAACAUGGCAACAACCAAAUUAGAAGAAAAGAAGCUGCAAACAUAAACAAGAAAAACCGAAAUGCUUUGCCAAUCCCAUUAAUGAUGAUCCCAUCCUAAAAUAAUCCUGUGACCCCUGUGGCGUAGAGCCAGAGAAAGAAAUCUUUGUGUCGUCUAGAUAAACUGCACGACUUGAUUCAGUGACAGAACAGAAAUUCAUUUAGCAAAACACGCCUGCGAUGGUGCUUCAUGUCGUUUCCAUCCAGCAUUUCUUUAGAGAAAAGCUCAGGAAGGGGGAAACUGAUUUACCCUUUAUACAAAUAUGCCAUCUGCUCAGAGUCAUUUCAGCUGCUUUGUUCUGAGCCAAGUGAGACCUACUGUAAGUCGACAAGCCAAUUUCAAAUUGGAUACUUCAAAUCAAUGCAUUUUACAUCAUUCCUCAUUAUCAAAGCUUCUGGUACACAAGCAUGUAGCGGCUUACGUCACAUAAGCACCUUUGCUUUGGUUCAGCUGGCUGCUGACAGCACAUCACCUGGGUUUGGAGGGUGAUAUGCAGAGUGAAAACCUUCUGUGAUUAAAGCCGUACAUUUACCAGAAAAAAACUUGAAUAUUCUCUGAGUUUAAGUCAUGAAUUCGCUAGAAAAAACGUAUUCUUUAAAAUUCAAAUGACAAAUUUAUGAGAAAAACCUUUGGAAAACAGAGUUGUGGUUUUUUGUCAAGGAACCACAUGGCGUCACUUUGCAUCCCAACACGGACCAGAUCUGAGUUCUUUUCUCAUAAUACUUCCCCAUUCCUCCGGCUCCGUAUUAUUAUUUUUACCUCCAAUGGCCCGAGGCUUCCAUUAUACUAAUGAAAUGUUCUCCGAGAGGCAAAUUCUUACUUCUUUGCACUUGUCGGUGCUUGUAUGCAGCAUCGUAGAGGCAACACAGCUGUUUUCCACCGAGUCAAAUGUAAGCACCUGAUGCUUUGCCUCUUUUUUCCAGAGGGUUAGGAUUGUUGUGCAUGUUCCUGUUGAGCUUAUGAAACUGAAGACACAAAAAAAAGGUCUUGGUGAAUUUAAUGAGAGCAAAGCAGAGUUUUGUCGGUCGUAUCGUAAUUUAUGUGAAAGAAAUGCGGGUGAAAUUGGUCACCUGAGAGCCAUCAGUACACAAAUGAAAAACCCAUUGCACUGACAUUUCCCAUUAUUUCCCGUUAGGUGUGCUUCAUUGGUGGUGUCGAACCAUGUUGUGUUGGUGUUGUCUCCACUGCUUCACUAUUUCCCCUCAUGUUGUGUCCCGUGUACCACCUGACUAACUUCAAGGGCUAAAUACAGGAGUGUGCCAAAGUUUUAGUACAUUCCAAUGGAGACAUCUAUACUGUAACUGCACUGUAACGUUGUAUUAUUGUCUUUGUUGUGUAAACAUAAGUACUGUAGCUGUCUGGCUUUCUACAAGCUAUUGAUUGAUGUCAAACUAUUGCCUUCUUUUGCGAUUUUAAAGGUAAGACGGACAAUACCAAGUUGAUCUAGUUCAACAUUCCUGCCUUUCAUUCUGAAGUACCUAUCUGUCAGUGUGCUGUAGUGUUGUUACUAAUCAGGAGAAGCGUCCGCUGUGGUCAAGCAUUCUUUCUUUCAUUCAACAAAGCUACAACUGAAACUGCUGUUUAACAUGUUGCAGUCUGUAUGUACGGUGAAUUAUUUUGUUAAUAAAGGCAAUGUUUAUAUUGCUA